GAGCGUACAGCAAAUGCAAGUACAAGUAUUCCGGGAAGCAUUCUGAAGGAAACAGGUUCAUCUCCAAUAAGGACCUCUGAGAUCUCUAAUAAUUGAAUGAGAAAGUGCAUAUGAAUACAUAUAUAAAUAAAAAGAAGAGAUUCCAAUUGGAAUCCAUCAUCCUAUGAUCCCUGACAUUUGAAAACAUCAGAGAUCGCAACUGAAAUUAGUCACAUAAGAUGAGGACGUCGUCAUCUCUUCGUUGAUAAUUGUAAAGAUUGGAAAUAAAUCUUAUUUAUUUGUAUUACGCAAACGGUUGGCUCCUUUUGCUUGGUGUUUUAUUUUACAUUGUGUAAUCCGUUGCGCACUUUCACCUAAAGAUCUGGUGCAAUUUGAUAUUGAUGUGUUGGUAUUGCAUAGUAAACGUUUUCAUUCAUGUUCCUGGACGUUUUAUUAGAUAUGUAGUGGUGUGUUAAUUGUUGAUAUCAUAUGUGGGCUUGGUCUUUGAUGAUACUGUAUCAUUUUUGUUUUGUUUGGAAGAGCAAGAAAUCGCUGGACGUUCGAGUGAUGAUGUGCUGAUGGAAGUGAGCAAUUAAGUAUUAUUACCAUGGAGGCUAUUGUGGAACAUGAUUAUGUUGCUAAAGAACCAGAUGAGCUGACCAUAAAGCAGGGUGAUAUAAUCAGGGAUGUGAUAAAUAAGCAGGCCGGCUGGUGUGAGGGUACAUUAAAAGAUCGGAAGGGUUUGUUUCCUGAUAACUUUGUGAAGCUGAUGCACAAGGUCACUAUGAGGAGCAGAAAAGAUGUGAGCAGGAUCAGGAAGUGUCGGGUGAUAUUCAGUUACAAGCAGGACCACGAAGAUGAGUUGAGUUUGAGUGUGGAUGAUGUGAUUGAGAUCAUCGGAGAGGAGGAGGAAGGCUGGUGGCGGGGGACUCUGAAUGGAAAGACGGGCGUGUUUCCAUCGAAUUUCGUUGAGGAAAUCGUUCCUUCAGUCAGUCCGAAGUGUGGCAGCGUCGAGGACCUCGUUGACGCGGAUAUCAAGAUACCAUCCCUCCCACCAAAACCAACUAAAAUACUGUGCGAGGUGAAGUACGCGUACAAGUCGCAAAACGACGAUGAACUCUCGUUGAAGGAGGGUGAUAUCAUCACGCUGAUAAGUAAGGACGGACAGGAUGCGGGCUGGUGGAGAGGAGAGUUAAACGGACGGAUCGGAGUGUUCCCUGAUAACUUCGUGGUAAUCAUUGAUGAAAAACUGUCGAAGGAGGAUAGGAAGUUGGCGGCGGCAACCAGCACCAACCACAUCAACAAGUAUAUAGCUUCUGAAAGGAAAUCGUUCGAAGCCAAAGUGGCGAAACCCCAGCAGGAGCCGGAGGCGAGGGCUGUACCGCCCGCGGUGCCGGGAAAGAAGCCCUCGCUGGCGAUCAAGAAGUCGCCUUCCGGUUCCGGUGGAAUCAUAUCUGGUCUUCGCAAGAAAAUUAGUGAUGUAGUGGACGGAUCAUCUGUGAGCAAGAAAUCGCUGGAUGUAAAGACUGAAACGACCGUGUACAAGCCGGAAGAGUCGGAGAACGCGUUCGAUCAGGUGGAGCGCAACUCGAUGCUGGUAGACGUUAGGGCCAACAGAGCUAAGCCACCAGGGCGUCGACCUCCAAGUGUAAUUUUGAAGGACGGUGAGCAGACUAUUGCAAUGCAAAAUGGAAAUUCCGAUUAUGGAAGUUUGGAGGAAAAUCUGUUGAAUUCAAGUGGAGGAGGCAUUGGUGGUGAGGAUAGUGAGCUGAUGAAACCGAAGGUGCCAGGAUGGGAUAAGCAAAAGGUGCCGUGGUUGGAAGAGAUGAAGCAGAACCAGGCGAAGAGGACGUCCACGUCUCCCGGUCCUGAAACACGGAACAGACUCACAACUCCCGAUAAGCUGGAGGAGAAGGAGACAAGCCCGGUGGAGAUGUCGAAAUCGAUGCCGAUGCCCACAUUCACGAAGAUCCUGAAAACACCACCAAGCGAAACAGACAAACGACCCGCCAUCCCGACCCACCGACCUCAAAGCAUAGAACCCGUCAAGCCAACAACGAAGAUCUCGCCGAUCGCCGCUCCCAUGGCGAAAACACCAUCACCUAUAAUCCAGAAGCCACCGAUCGUCGAGAAACCAUCCGAAAUCAAGGACAAGGUGCCAAUGAAGCAGUACAACGAAUUACUGGACAGACUGCAGCAUCUGGAGGCUCUCGUAGAGAAGCAGAACCAAGUCCACAAAAUGGCAAUAGACGAUCUCCGCGGUAAACUGCAAGUAGAAACGGAUAUGAGGAUGCUGCUGCAAGCCGAGCUCGAGAAGGUCGCCCAAUGCGUAUUGCAAGUCUAAUGUACAUAGGAAAACCAACCCGAAGACGCAUUUAGGUCCCAAUUAAAUAGCUAUUAAAUAAUCCAAUUUGGAAAAUUCUAAGCCUUAAGCGGAAGGAACGAAGCGUACUUAAAAGUCGGAGAUUUCAGUUAAGUUUUUUUUCUUUAUUUUUUAUUCAAUGAAUCGCCUUUGUGAAACAGCAAGCAUCACCCGACCGAAACCAAAAUCAUUGCUCACAAUUAGUCAAUUCCGCGUCGAACGCAAACAACGAGUGCAAAAAUACGAUCGAAACGAUAUAAUUUCUUUUAACUAUCCCAAAACCAAUUUCGUUUUUAAUUCGCGUUUUUCGAUCGUCUUGCCCUCAGUCCAAUGUGUUCCCAUAUUAUAAUUAUUAUUAUUUUUUUUGAGUAUUUACAGUUUAUUCUCUUUGUAUAUUUUUUUUUUAAAUAUGUUAUUCAUCCAGGCUAAUUACCAUUUUCAUGCAGGGUGUUGGAGUAAAGGAGGUACUAAAAGCAUAAGAUUAUAAGUUUUAAAAGAAAAAGCAAUUCAACUUCUCAAAAGAAUAGGAAAAAAAAAUAAUUCUGCAAACAAAACCUAAGAUUGUUGCUUUCAAACAAACGUCCAAUUAAUUAAUUAAUUUAUUUUCCAUUACUACGCAACAUUUUCAAAACCCUGUGUUUGUUUGUUUUUCUU